AUGGGUCGUAGUCGAGAUCGUUCAUAUUCAAGAUCACCUUCACGUUCACGUUCAGGAUCACUUUCAUCAACAAGUUCAGGUCGAGCUGCGAAAGCACGAAAUUGGAAUGGUGAAGGUGGUUAUCGUUUACAUUUAUCUGAUUUAGCAAUAGGUGUAAGUCGACGUCAAAUAGAAAAACUUUUUCGACCUUAUGGACCAUUAAAUGAAGUUUGGGUUGCAUCAAAUCCACCAUGUUUUGCAUUUAUUAAUUUUCGUCAUCGAGCUGAUGGUGAACGUGCAUUAAAAGAACUUGAUGGAAAAGUUGUUGGUGGUUCAAGAAUUGGUUUAAGUUGGGCUCGUCCAAGAAAUUAUGGUGGACGACCACUUCAUGCAUUACUCUAUCGUUCACCAUCACCUUCACGUCGCCGUAGUUAUCGAGACUCAUAUAGUAGUCGUCGUGGUAAUGAUCGAUAUAGUAAACGUCAUUAUUCAAGAAGUCGAUCGCGUAGUCCAGGUUAUCGACGAUCAGGUGGUAAUUAUCAACGACAAAGUUCAAGUUCUCAAUCAAGAUCAAAAUCACGAACACGAUCACCAUCACCUAGAGAUACUCGUCGCGAAAAACGUCCAAAAACAUCGAAACGAGAAGAUGAACGUCGUCAUCGUUCGGAAUCAAAAUCAUAUUCAGAGAGUGAUGAUCAUAGUUCACCAUAUCAAAAGAAUGGAAAACGAAGUUCACAUAGUCCAAGUAGUGAACGUCACCAAGCAACAUCAUCAAACGGUUUGAAUCAUAUUGAUACAGACAAUCAUCAUGAUGAUAUUCAAGUGGACGGACAAGAUUAA